UAUUAAUUAGGCCAGCUUUUUAAUGAACAAGGGGUUUUUAAACGACUGGCUUUCAUCCUCCUCUUGACAAUCAUCGGACAUGGAUAACAACAACAAUAUACCCUACGGAUCGAUAUCUUGGGACAACGAAGAUUCCUUUGGCCCGACGAAUCAGCGAAGGGAGACUAUAAGAAACCCUUCAUUAAGACCUCAGAAUGCAACGGCCAACAAUGGCCUGAGAUUUUCUCUACGAGGUCCGCAUUUUCCUCCACCACAACAAAGAGUUCAUGGCGUUGGAAUUUCCAGAAAUUCAGAAUUAGCUAAUCGGUUACCUAGAGGCGAUACGACACAAUCAAACUUCCAGCAAUCGAGCAACUCAAAUUCACCGCCGUUUGAAAGAUACUUCUCAUUGCGACCUUCACAGAACACAUCGCAUAUACAAAUGCACACUCCAUUACAAGAAUCACAGACUUCAAACAAUCAAAACAUAAGUAAAAGCUUUCAAGGCCAAGCUUUUCCUUCAUUAUACUCGAAUCCUACACCAGGCUCAAGUUCUGGUAACCCUGCAAUAACAUCAAUGUUACUGCAGGGUCAUCAUUCCCGCAAUAAUAAUGUAGAGAUGUCCCGAGGACUUAAUGGUAGGGGGUAAGUGUAUAAUAUGUUGUUGUUUAACCCUUUUACCUGUAAGAGUGACGAGGACAUAAUUUAUCCUUACAAUAUCACCAUCAAACCUGAAUUAAAGGUUAUGAGAAUGGAAGAAAUGAUCACAAACUAAAGAAGUUCUAGAUUGUUCAAUCAAUUCUCCUUUUCAGAACCAUAGGAAAUGUUUAGAGAACAGUAUGGGGAAUAUGCAUACUGAUGUUAGGGCAUAAAGGGUUAUGGUACAAUUGGCGCAAUUUAAUCCUUACAGUUUUCUUUACUGUGGCAGGAGAAAUGAAAGCUUUCAUGCACACAAAGCGAAACGGAAAAGUAGUUUAUCAGAAGGUGAUAGGUAAGCAGUGGUUUUUUUUAUUUUCUUUAAUUCUGUUUAAGUGGGUAUAGUCAACUCAAUUAAGUUCUACUUAUCUCUUUUAUUGAAGACAAGAGGGACCAUCAAGUAAACGGUAUCUGUCAGAAAGAAUGGCAGCAAGAAUGCACAAUUUAAGGAUAAGUAACGAUCAUAAUAAUCCUGUAAAUAUCUUGCAAAGUUUAAUGGCAAAUCAGGCAGUUGGCACCUCUGACGGUCAAAUAUGUGAAGGCAAUGAUAAUAACAGUGAUGAUGAUGGAGUGAAAAGUACAAAUGCAAUGCAAAAGUGAGUUAAAGUUAUUUUUAUUUCUCUAUUUUAAUUCUUUGUUACCCUAAGGGAGACUAGUAUCUAAAUUGAACCCAUAAUCAAACACUAGGGUCAUGAGAAAAAAAUGAAAUGAUUACUAACUAGAAAAGUUCUUGAUUGUUAAACAAAUUCUCCCUAUCAGCUUCUUAGGAAAUGUAUAGAGAACAGUGUGGAGAAUAUGCAUACUGAUGUUAGGGUGUAGAGGGUUAAAGACCUUUGGCAAAGUAAGCAAUUACCUUGACUGCGUGACAUGUCCAAGUUUUUCCUUUAUCAUUUUUCUGCAGAAAAAUUAUUUGUCUAAGGACACCCAUCACAUUUAACAUCUGUGGUACAUGGCCUCUAAUACCAAGCCCUUAAAUAAAUACCAUUGCUACUCUUUGAAAGUUGUGGAUAUUUUGUAGAACUUUACAAUAUUAUUACUUAGUGGUUUGUUUUAUUUUUCAGCCGGCAAGACAAUUUGCCAAGGUUUGUUUUGUCGACACAUGUGAAGGAAGCUAUCACCAAACAAGAGUCAAUCAUUCCAGAAGCUAUCUACAAUCAGAUGUAAGUUCAAUAUCUCUAUUUCAGUUUCAAUGCAACUAAUUUGGUUUUGAGCAUAUUUUUUAAGGAAAAACUAUAAAAAUUGCUUGUUAAUACCUUUUAAGUUACUCCACAUGUUUAUACUAGGCUUAGUGUAUGUCUGACAUCAUAAAAUCAAAAGUUUAUUUCUUUUUUAUUUAUUUUGCAGAAGUAAGCCUUGUUUGGCAGUUGUUCCUUGGAAGAGUCCUGAUAAUGGGUUUUCUUUAUCAACAGAUAGCAAGGAGGUUGGCCAGGUAAUCAGAGAUCUAAUGUAUAUUUCUCCCUUCUCAGCCGCUAUACAUUUUGUUGUAAAUUAGUUAGAGAACUUAUCAUAUAUUUAAGUAACUUGCUUCACUGUUACCAAGCUUUCUCAAUCAGUUUUCUGGAUGAUACUGUGAGAAGUUUCACAUAAAUCACUUCCUUGGGUGAAAAUUAAGCACACAGUUGAAAAUUGUAGUUCAACAGUGAAAAACUUGUUUUUGAUUGUUUCUCGUGUGGUGUGACAAAAGCUGUCAUAUCAAAUGUGAAUGCAAAAAGGAGUGGUGGACUGGGGUGGAUGAGUUACAUAAUUGUUUAUGAAAUACCUGUUAUCAGAUGUUGCAAAUAAGUAUGUUUCCCAAGCAUGUGUUCUCAUAUUCUUCAUGUUAGGAAAACAAUGUAGACCUGCCAAAUAAUAAUAGUAGCAGCACAUGCAGCAGUCUGAUCAUGGAAAGUCUUCCUGAGACGGACCAGCUUCAAGACAAAGGGUGAGUUUUUUCUUUCUCUUCCUGACUUUCUGUGCAGUUUGCUUCGUGAUUUUGAAAUAGAACAAAUUAACUACUACCUGAUUACAAAAUUUGAGAGUUUGAAAACCAGAGAUACACAGUUGAGGUAAAAAAUUUUAUCAGUGUUGCCAUUGCUUGUUUUACCCAUAUUUACUGAGAGGUAAGUAUUGAAUGUGAACUCUGUUAUUUAAUAUGUAAUAUUUCUGAUUAUUCCUCGCAGGGUUCAUCAUGUUGAGAUUGUUGGUGAAUGCAGCACUUUCAGUUUUGAAGAUGAUGAUAUGGACCCAUAAAUAAAGACUAUAUUUAUUUAUAUUAUCAAUAAUUUGUAAGCUUACUUUGGAC